GCUAAGCAUGUGACUAGGGAAGGGCACAGAGUGGAUCUUGUGAUAAUAAUUGGCAACCCUCAGCCCAGAGCCCCAGAGGUGUAGGAGUCUCUGCACCAACCUGAGGUGUCCUUCCUUUAGCAGGCAAUAAAAAGCUUUUUAAAACCCUUUUCCCACUUCAUUUGUACAAACACACGCAGAGGACAGCAUGGAUUGUGGUGUGAUUGCCUCUAAAACAGUGCUGCUACUGAUCAGCUUAAUCUUUUGGGCUGCAGCUGCUGCACUUUCUUAUGUUGGUGGAUAUGUCCUCAACACCUACAAGGAGUAUGGCUCUUUCCUUCAGGAUAAGUACCCUCUCCUGCCAGCUGUCAUCAUCAUUGGGGUUGCCGUGGUGAUGUUCAUAAUUGGACUGAUUGGCUGCUGUGCCACCAUCCGUGAGUCCCGGAUUGGACUGGGAGUGUUCCUGAUCAUUAUCCUGAUGAUCUUCAUUGCUGAAGUGUCUGCUUUUGUCCUUGGAUUCAUUUACAGAGGAAAGGUGAAGACUGAACUGCAUGAACCAAUGCUACGAGCAUACAAGAGCUACGAUGGGAAAACAGAGGAGUCUCAUAUCAUAGAUUACUUACAGCAAGAGCUUCAGUGCUGUGGAGUCCUCAACUACACUGACUGGAUUAGCAGCCAAUGGUACAAUACUACCCGCAACAACAGUGUUCCUGUGAGCUGCUGCAAGCGAGAGUUCAGUAAGAAAAACUGCACAGGACGGCUGAGUGACCUGCAGUUUCUCAAUACACAAGGCUGUGAAGAGAAAGUGGAGUCUAUUCUACAGAGCGUCCUCAGCUAUGCUAUGCUUGUCAUUCUAGGAUUUGCCAUUGUGAAGUUCUUUGGAAUGUUCAGUGUCUGUGUGCUGGCCUGCAAGAGAGAAAACAAUGGUUACCAUCCUUUGCAGUCGGGGUCGUUUGCUUGACAGGAAGAUGGAGAGUGACUUUUCUUCUGUUCUUCAGGAUAAAAUGGACUUGGGAAAAAUGCUCUGAACAGAAAAUAUUUGCCUGCUUUUGUAAAAUGCCGAAUUCUUAUCUCCAUGAACAGAAAGGAUAUUGCUUUCAAAAAUUUGUAUUAAAUGUGACAUGGCUCGGCUUUA